CCAGACGAAAUUGAGGACGUUCAGAGGGAAACAUGGCGGCUGUGAGAAACAUGCAGAGACUUUGGGGAAUUGGUGUGAGUGCGAUUCGACAACAAGCAGCUCUGAAAACAUCUCGAGUCUUGCAGCAAAGAGCUUUUCGCCUUAAUGGAGCUCAGUGCCAGCAGUCGUUUGAUUCGUCCUUGGAGAAGCCUCAGUUCCCCGGCGCCUCCGCGGAGUUCAUCGAUCACCUGGAGUUCAUCCAACCCAACGUGAUCUCAGGAAUCCCAGUGUACCGAGUCAUGGACAGACGGGGCCAGAUCAUCAACCCUUCUGAGGAUCCACAGCUCUCGAAGGAGACAGUGUUGAACUUCUACCAGAAGAUGACGCUCCUGAACACCAUGGAUCGUAUUCUGUACGAGUCUCAGAGGCAGGGUCGCAUCUCCUUCUACAUGACCAACUACGGUGAAGAAGGAACUCACAUCGGAAGCGCUGCAGCUCUGGACUCUACCGACCUGGUGUUUGGCCAGUAUCGAGAAGCAGGAGUGCUGAUGUACCGUGGCUUUCCUCUGGACCUGUUCAUGGCACAGUGCUACGGUAAUGCGGACGAUUUGGGGAAGGGCAGGUUGAUGCCGGUGCACUACGGCAGCCGAGACCACAACUUUGUGACCAUCUCGUCUCCUCUGGCCACUCAGCUUCCUCAGGCGGCAGGAGCAGCGUACGCUAUAAAGAGAGAGAACAGUAAUCGUGUGGUGAUCUGUUACUUCGGCGAGGGAGCUGCCAGUGAAGGAGACGCUCACGCCGGGUUCAAUUUCUCUGCCACGUUGGAGUGUCCAAUCAUUUUCUUCUGUCGCAACAACGGCUACGCCAUCUCCACCCCCACACACGAGCAGUACAGGGGCGACGGAAUCGCUGCUCGAGGCCCAGGCUACGGCAUGCUGUCGAUCCGUGUGGACGGUAAUGACGUGUUUGCCGUGUACAACGCUACAAAGGAAGCGAGACGCAGAGCAGUGGCUGAGAACCAACCUUUCCUCAUCGAAGCCAUGACCUACAGGAUCGGCCACCACAGCACGAGUGACGACAGCUCUGCUUACCGCUCGGUGGACGAGGUGAACUACUGGGACAAGCAGGACCACCCCAUCUCUCGUCUCCGCCACUACAUGACCGCACGCGGCUGGUGGGGAGAGGACGAGGAGCGCGCGUGGAGGAAGCAGUCACGCAAACUCGUCAUGGAGGCUUUAGAAAAAGCCGAGCGGCGUCUCAAACCGAACCCAGAGUUAAUUUUCACUGACGUCUAUAAAGAUCUCACUCCACAGCUGGACAAACAGAAAGAGAGCAUGGUUAGGCACUUGCAGCAGUACAAAGAGCACUACCCAUUAGACCAGCACGAGCAAUAAGCGCUCGCUUCACAAUUUAAAAUCUAAUCACUACUUUCAUUUAGGGGGAUGCUGGUGAUGCUGAAUUUAAUAUGGGAGACAUGGUAUCAUUUUAAAACAGUUUAAAUCAUCAUAAAGCACAGUAAUGUAGAUACCUCUGGGUCAUGUAUGUCUGGGACUUAGAGAGUUACGAAGUGACACAAUGAAAUAUUCAGCUUGUUGCGACACAAGCGCUGUACAAUUCUGUUACACUUUAUUUCCUGGUUCUGUUGAUGCCUUCUGUUAAUGAGUUUCAGAAUGGGGUGUAUAUACUGUGUUUAUA